AUGUCGUCAAAUUUCGGAUCGAUCACCAAGAACCUGGCGGCUACUUUUUAUAGCCUGACGCGGGAAGAAUUUCCUACAAGCUAUGCAAAAGCACCCGCGCCCGCCAAUUACACGCCUACCUCGCGGCACGCAUCGCCGCCCUCCCAUCCCCCAACCAAACCCAAACCCAAACCCAAACCCAGACCCAAACCCAACCAAAACCCAAACCCCCCUACAACCUGCACCUCAUCUCGGACGACACCCUCUCCAUCCCGCGCACCGUCUACGACCUCUCGCCCGCGCAACUACCGGCGCACGUACGGUCGGCCCAACGCGUCGGAAAAGGACGCGCGCGCGGCCGCCUUCGGCGCGGUCAAGCGCGUGCUCUCGCCGCGCGACAUCGUCGUGCUCGACGGCCUCAACUACAUCAAGGGCUGGCGCUACCAGCUGUACUGCGAGGCCAAGAAUUCUGAGCACUUCCAGCUGUGUGCUGCAGGUGGAAAGGAGGUAGAAGAAAGCGGGGGAAAGAAGGCGGAGGGUGAGAACGACGACGACAAUGAUGCUGACGACACGGAACGGUACAAGCCCGCCAGUUGGGAGAAUCUUGUUUUUCGCUACGAAGAGCCCAAUCCUAUGGCGCGUUGGGACUCGCCGCUGUUUACGCUGGUAUGGGAGGACGACGAGGCGCAGACCAAGGAGGUAUUCGACAAGAUUUGGGACACCAUCGCCGGCGAGGGCAGGAAGCUGGUCAGGCCGAACCAGUCAACCGUGCAGCGCGACAAGGACCCAGGCGGCGAUUACCUGUACAUUCUGGAGCGCGAGACGCAGGCCAGUGAGGGGAGAAGAUUCUGGAGAGGCAAGCGGAUGAGGGCCCGCUGGGUUCGUCCGUGUGCCAAGGGGUUUCGGCGGGCGUUCGUGGCGCUGAACCGGGGCGGCAUUGGGCUUGAAGCAGUUGGGACAUUGGCGGCGGAGCGGCUACGCGAGAGUUUCGUCGGCUAUCUCAACGACGCCUUCGAGAAGGAUUUCUGA